AAACAAAACAAAACAAAAAAAAAAAGGCCCUUAUUUUAGUUCCUGUAUAAAAGUGCAAUUAAAAUUAUAUUUUCUCCAUUCAAUAUUUAAAUUUGCUUUUAUUUUAAAAAGGUUUAUUAUAACCAAAAAAAAAAUGUAUUUUUCUUCACUUUCUUCUAUAGCUUUAUCUCUUUUGGCUACUAUUUAUGCUACAAAUAUAAUUGUUGAAGCUAAAGUAGACAUUCUUUCUUGGGAUGAUGCUUAUACAAAAGCUAAAACUCUAGUAGAUCAAAUGUCUCUCGAACAUAAGGUCAACAUUACUACUGGUGUAGGUUGGAUGGUAGAUAUUUGCGUAGGUAAUACUUAUGCUACCACAAAUCCCGAUUUCCCUUCUCUUUGUCUACAGGAUGCGCCUCUUGGAAUACGUUUUGCUGAUAACGUUACAUCUGGCGUUUCUGGCAUUAAUGCUGCUGCUUCAUUUGAUAGAAAGGCUAUUCUUGAUCGUGGUUGCUAUAUUGGUAAGGAAUUCUAUAAUAAAGGUAUUCAUGUUGCUUUGGGACCCGCUAUGAACUUUAUGAGAAGUCCAGAAGGUGGUAGGGGUUGGGAGUCUGGAGGUGAAGACCCCUAUCUGCAAGGUGUCAUGGCUUCAGAGAUGGUGAAAGGCAUUCAAAGAGAAGGUGUCAUUGCUACUGCAAAGCAUUAUAUUUUAAACGACCAAGAACUUAAUCGAACUACAGGCUCAUCUGAUGUUGAUCAAAGAGCAUUGCAUGAGAUUUAUGUAUGGCCCUUUGCACGUGCUGUUGAAGCUGGUGUAGGCUCUAUCAUGUGCUCAUAUAAUAAACUAAAUGGUACUUACGCUUGUGAAGACGAUUACACAUUAAAUACUGUCUUAAAGGGCGAACUUGGUUUCAAGGGCUUUGUUCAAUCCGACUGGGCAGCUACUAUGUCUACAGUCCCCUCUGCAAAUGCAGGCCUUGAUAUGACUAUGCCUGGCGAUAUUACCUUCCAAUCCGGAGACUCCUAUUUUGGUGCUAAUCUAACAGAUGCUGUCAAAAGGAAAGAUGUUGCUGAAGAACGCGUUACUGAUAUGGCUACACGUAUUGUUGCUUCAUGGUACAAAAUGCGUCAAGAUACUAAUUUCCCAAAGACAACUAUUAAUGCUUUUGUUCGUGAUAAAGCCGCUUAUAACAAUGUUCAAGCAGACCAUGGAAAAUUAGUUCGUGAAAUGGGUGCUGCUUCCUGUGUUCUUCUCAAGAAUUCGGGUAUUCUCCCUAUUAGCAAUAAAGUUAAGAAAAUCGCCCUAAUUGGUAGUGAUAGCAAAGUUAAUCCAGAUGGUCCUAACGGUUGUGUUGAUCAUGGUUGUAAUAUUGGCCAUCUUGCUCAGGGUUGGGGAUCUGGUACAUCUGACUUCCCCUACCUGAUUGAUCCUUAUACUGGUAUCUCUAAUGCAUUAAGUAAGAGCGUAAAGAUUUCAUUAGCUACUGAUGAUUAUGAUCUUAAAGCAGCAGCUUCAGCUGCUAAGGAUGCGGACAUUGCAUUUGUCUUUUCUAGUGCUGAUUCUGGUGAAGGCUACAUUGAUGUUGAUGGUAAUAUUGGUGAUCGUAAGAAUCUUACUUUAUGGCACAAUGGUGAUAACCUGAUUCAAGCUGUUGCAAAUAUUAAUAAAAACACUGUUGUUAUUAUUAAUUCUGUGGGGGCUGUCCUUAUGCCCUGGAUUAAUCAUCCUAAUAUUAAAGCUGUUGUUUGGCCUGGUCUUUCUGGUCAAGAAUCUGGUAAUUCUUUAGCAGACAUUCUUACAGGUAAAGUUAAUCCUUCUGGUCGUCUUCCUUAUACUAUCGCCAAAAAAGCUUCUGAUUAUAACGCUGCGAUUGACCCUGCUGAUACUGUUGUCUAUAAGGAGUCACUUUUAGUUGGUUACAGAUGGUUUGAUCAUGCUAAUAUUGAGCCACUCUUCCCAUUCGGUCAUGGCUUGUCUUAUACUACAUUUAAAUACAGCAGUUUGGGGGUUAAGGUUUCUGGUAAGAGCGAUUCAAUUAAAGUUACUACAACUCUUUCAGUUAGGAAUACUGGUAAAUAUAAUGGUGCUGAAGUUGUUCAAGCUUAUAUUUCAUUCCCUAUGGAUGCUGGUGAACCCCCUAAAGUCCUCCGUGGCUUUGAAAAAAUUUUCCUUAAGAAGGGCAAAAGUAAAACUAUUACUAUAGAAUUCACCAAGACUGAGCUUAGUAUUUGGGAUACAUCCUCUAAUUCUUGGGUAAUCCCAUCUGGUAAAUUCACUGUUCAUAUUGGUGCUUCUAGUCGUGAUAUUCGUCAAACUGCUACCUUUCAUCUUUAAUUUUGGCCUAUAUAUAUUAUUACAGUAUCUAGAAAAUAAAAAGGAUGCUAAUGACUGUAUUUCCAAUAUAUCAUAGAAAUAAACUGAUGCAUAUUAGUUCAUUUAUCUUUAAAACUAUUACAUAAGAAAACAUGAGGUUGG